AUGCAGUCCUCAGGGGACACGCCUGCUAAAGAUGUGAAAUCUGACUUGGCCCCAACGGAUGACUUUGAGACUCUGAAGUACCAGCUACUGGGUCCCUCUCUAACGAAGGCGGGCCAAGACUCAGUCGAUCAGCAAAAGGUGGGCCUCGUGGUAUCAGAAGUUAUCUACAAUGCGUCCAAGGGAUCUAAAUUCUUCAACCAUGAGCAAGAUCGAGAUCGGAAUCUGACGCUCAAAAUCGAGCGAAUUUUGAAACAAAAAGCCCGACUAGAGUCGUUGGAUCUGAGCCAUGAUCUACGACGAGCCGACGAAUAUCUUGCGGAGUUGGAGCUCAGCCGUGAUCUGUCCCAGCAUAUCAUCCAUGUGGACUGUGACGCUUUCUUUGCUGCCGUCGAGGAGCUGGACCGGCCGGAGUUAAAGACAGUUCCCAUGGCAGUUGGAAAAGGCGUCCUCACGACCUGCAACUAUGUGGCUAGGAAAUUUGGAAUUCGAAGUGGCAUGGCAUCGUUUGUGGCCAAAAAGCUCUGCCCACAGCUCGUUCUAUUGCCCCAAAAUUACGAGAAGUACACGGAAAAGGCAAAGGAAAUGCGUACCAUCAUGGCGGAAUACGACCCUCUUUUCGAAAGUGCAAGUAUCGAUGAGGCCUACUUGAACAUUACAGCAUACUGCGAUGAAAAUCAGCUCAACCCAGAAGAGGCUGUCCAACGAAUGCGAGCUGAGAUUCUAGAGACCACUCGGGUGUCUGUGUCAGCUGGAAUUGCCGCCAAUGCCAAGAUUGCGAAAAUCUGUUCAAACAUAAACAAGCCAAAUGGCCAGUUUCGUGUCCCAAACGAGCGCACUGCAAUCAUGGAGUUUAUGCGCGAACUCCCGGUGCGCAAAGUCAAUGGAGUUGGCCGAGUCUUCGAGCGUGAGCUCGAAUCGAUAGGUGUGAAAAAGUGUGGUGAAAUAUUCCCGCAGCGAGCCUUGUUAACCAAGUUAUUUAGCGAAAAGGCCUUUCAGUUCUUAGCUCAAUGUUACCUGGGUCUAGGACGUACCAAAAUUGAGCCGGUUGAAACCCAUGAGCGCAAAAGUGUGAGCACCGAGACUACUUUUCAUGAGCUUGGACACAAGGAAGAGCUUCGAGCAAAGCUAUGGUGGGCUGCGCAGGAGCUCGAAAAGGACCUUGCCCGGACACAAUUCAAAGGACGCACGCUCGCCCUCAAAGUCAAACUUCAUACAUUUGAAGUGCUAACCCGCCAGACCGCCCCAUCUCGGGCUGUUUCUCGGGCCCAAGAUUUGUAUUCAUUUGCACUGCCCAUGUUGGCCAAACUUGAGAAAGACAUACCGGGCUUGAAGCUACGUCUUCUUGGUUUAAGGUGCUCAAAUUUGGUCAGCACCCAAAAAGCUGGUAUCAAUUUCUUUGGCGCGAUCACAAAUCCUAAGCCUGAGACCAAGGUUGCCGACGAAGUGACUGCUAAUGCAGAGUCCAAUCAUGAGAUUGAUGCAGAGGAGGCAUUCGAGGCAGCUGCUCGACAGGAGGUUCAGGAAGAGAUGAAUGACCUGGAGCAGUUGAGCCAAGAUGCUUCUCUGGUGCCUUCAACUCCUCGGCGAGAGGAGUCUGCGGUCACGGAAGAUCCGCCUUUAUGGGACUGCCCGAUAUGUGGUCGGCCCCAAAGCGCAGAUGAUCGAACAUUCAAUGAACAUGUGGAUUUUUGCCUCUCAAAGCGGACUAUUCGCGAGGCCGUGCAGGCCACCGAAGAAACAGAGGUUGCUCCAAACCCCCCGCCCACCAGAAAACGCAAAGUCCUCUCCCAGUCGGGGGCAUUGGAGGGUGAUCCUAAGCAAAAGCGGCUUUUUUUUCAAUGA